GUAUCUUUCCCGCUUCUAUUAUUUAUAACCUUUUCCGUGUUGUAGCUCUCUCUCAACUCAAAUUACGCAAACGCAUUUUAGGGUUUCUCUUCGUUUCAUUCAUUCUUAGGGUUUCAAUUUCAUUCCUCCGAAACAACAACUUCUUACGGCCAUGGACACUUCAAAUCCUGCUGCAUUUGUCAAUGCCCAAGUUCUUCCCAAUUUCAUUGGAAAAAGAGUAAGAGCAGUGGUUCAGGUGAAUCAUUCUGAUGGUGCGACAAUCACGGGCAAGUCCACUGAUGAAUCUCAGAUAAUUGUAAAAGGGCUAUCAUCACAAGUCCCUGUCAUGAAUUAUGUUGAGGUUAUUGGCAUUGCUGAAAGUAACAACUCUAUCCAUGCUGAAAUAUUGACUGACUUUGGUGCCACAUUUGAUGUCAACUCUUACAAUCAGUUAUGCCAACUAGCAAAUGGUGAAUGCAAAAGUCUGUUUCUUUAGGGAUCUUGAAGAUUGCUGGGUCAGCAACUGGAUGAUAUUAGGUUGCAAUGUUCAUGCUAAAGAACCUGCAUAUUUUUUAGCAUUUUAUGAAGGAACUAUAUUACGUAUAUGUUUAUUCUGAGGAUCAGACAUGUGGACAUGUGUUAGACUUGUUUUUGAAGUCCCCUUAACUUACAUCUAUGCGAUCUCUAGUUUUGUUUA